AUGAGUGUAAAGCUUGAAAAAUUCCGAUACUACCUUGGGACUGCUCAGAUACGUCUACUAAAUUUAUGCUAUAGUACAGCUGGUUCAGAUCCUGACGAUUGCGUCGGGUGCUGCAUAUCUGACAUAGAACAUAAUUUACCCGCUUUGAUCAGCAAUCCUGAGUAUCAGAACUGUUUGAAUAAAGCGGGCAUCUCCACGCACGAGUUAUAUGCUGUUGGAAAUUCGCCAAGGCUGGUUCUUUCUGGUGAUAUUCAGUUACCAUGCCUUCACGGCCGAUUUAGAUUAGAAACCGCAAAACGAGAUAGAUCGCAAGAUCAAAAUGAUUGGUGGCUCGUCGAUCUCUACAGUUCAGGUGAGUGA